CACGUCCAACUCUGAAAGAAGAAGAGGAGCGAGAACGAGCUUUUCCCGUCCCCAGGCUAGCGAGGAGUUAACAGUCCUCCUCGGAUAAUGGCACCGUCCCUGAACCGAGCUUGCCGCAGUCUUGCUCUCUCAACGUGGCUGCUGUCGUUUUGUUUCGUGCAUUUCCUGUGCCUGGACUUCACGGUGGCGGAGAAGGAGGAAUGGUACACCGCGUUCGUCAACGUCACCUAUUUCGAUCCGCUCACUUCGGAACUCAGGACGGAGAAAAGCGAAUGUGGCCGUUACGGGGAGCACUCGCCCAAGAGGGAAGCCCGGGGACUCGUCUUAAUGCCGGCUAUGUUUCAGGAGCGACAGGCGUGUGAUCCAGGCGUCAGAUUCCCCAUUCUGUCCCACAGCACUUCUUGGGUGGCCUUGGUCGCUGCGGGAAAUUGCAGUUUUCGAGAGAAAAUCCGUAACGCCGCCAGCCACAACGCCUCCGCGGUUGUUAUUUACAACGUGGGUUCCAGUAACGCCAACGACACCAUAACGAUGCCUCACCAAGGUACAGGCGACAUUGUGGCCGUCAUGAUCCCAGAGCCUAAAGGUCAGGAGAUUGUGGCCUUGCUGGUGCAGAACAUUUCAGUUGUGUUGCACAUCACCAUAGGAACUCGGAACCUGCAGAAAUAUGUGAGCAGAACGUCGGUAGUGUUUGUCUCCAUCUCCUUCAUCGUUCUCAUGAUCAUCUCGCUUGCCUGGCUCGUCUUCUAUUACAUCCAGAGAUUCCGCUAUGCUAAUGCACGAGAUCGCAACCAGAGACGCCUGGGAGAUGCAGCUAAGAAGGCCAUCAAUAAGCUCCAAGUACGCACCAUCAAAAAAGGAGAUAAGGAAACUGAAUCAGAUUUUGACAACUGCGCAGUUUGCAUUGAAGGAUAUAAACCUAGUGACGUUGUGCGGAUGUUGCCAUGCAGGCAUGUUUUCCAUAAGCACUGUGUAGACCCAUGGCUACAAGACCACCGGACGUGUCCCAUGUGUAAGACGAACAUUCUCAAAGCCUUGGGUAUACCGGCCAGCAUUGACUGUUCAGAUGAGAUUAUACCAGACUAUGAGGCAUCCAUUGGGGAUCCCCCCACUAGCCCCAUCACUGGAGCCAGUGAGAUCACAGUGAAUGAGAGUUUAGUGGUCCAUGACCCAGCAGGAAGGACCAUUGACCUGCAGCAGCUGUAUGAAGACUCAUUAAGUGUUCCUCAGGCUGGAGAGAGCCAAAACCCUGUCAGCAGUGGGCACCAGGCUUCACUCAGCAGUGACUCCAACACGUCUUUCAUUGUGGCCGUGGAGAUGGGCAUGUCUGAGGUAGAGCUUUCUGUUGAGCAGGAAUACGACGAGGUCAAAUCCUGAGCGAGUCAGAGACAAAUAAAUGGCAGCAUUCACCACAAAUAGGGGAAAUGGGACAGGAACGAAUCAUUUUGGGCUUUCAGAGACCUUUGCACAUGUGUGGCCCCUGAUGAAGGUUGCUUUACAAAAGAAAGGCAAUCAAGCAAUACAACCCACAGCUAACACAAGUAUCCAAAUUGUCUAUCUGAGAAAACGGGAUACCUCCUCACACAACAGAUAUUUUCUGCAUUUGCUUGUUUAUCGUGUGACUGGCUUCACAGCUGACUGUCUGGUUAGCUUGACCGCCAUAGUAAACAGCCAGUCACAACACCUAUAUCUGUCCCCUGUCAAAGGACUGUCAAAGCAGAACAAGCUCUCCUCUGCAAUACAGAGAUCCUGUCAAACACCCAGUUGUUGUCCCCAUAAGUUAAAGCUGACACCUGCACAAAGAUGAGCCACUAUUGGUGGUCUGGGAUAUUUCAAGGUGACAAAAGGUUUGCAUUUCCCCAACUCUGGCAAUGCAAACUUUCCUGCUGGUCAUAAGAAUUGCAGGGCCUA